ACAUGACUACUUAACACUGUACUUCUUCCCUGAAGGCGGAUCCCAUGCAAAGAAUAAUUAUUUAUUAUUCAGUCUAAUCCACACUGGCACUGAUGUCUCAUAGUAGAUUUACUAUUAAUCAACUCAAUUAUUUCUCAAGGUUGCAGGUAUAAAGGGCAAUGAAGAGGCUGAAAAAUAUUUCCGGAGUUAAGCUUGUGAUAUUGGCAGUUCAAGAAUGGACAGAAAACAGGGGAAAUACGUAGUGAAUAGUGAACGCUCUGGAAACCAGCAAGCUUUCCUGAGCCCAAGAAACCACGAAGCUCACAAUUCAGCAUGUCAGUUCUCUACAUCAGUGGAAAUAACUGGUGAUGUUGGUACCAAUUUAAGUGCUGUCUGCACCAGCCCAGCGACCCUUGAACACUCUGAAUUUCUAAACAGAGAAUUCCAACAUUGUCAGGUGAAACAAAAUUUCUUCUGUGACUGGUCUCUAUGGAAAACCUUUCUCGCUUGUCUCUUAGCCUGUUUGAUAACAACAGCAAUUGGAGUACUCAUAGUAUCCCUGGUGUAUAAUGGGAAAAAUAAUAAUGCCUCCAUUGUUAUCCAAUUUCCCCAAAGCCAUGGAACAACCUCAUCUGCCACUGGAAUAACCUUAUCUACAGUUUCUCAACCUACAGUUACCACUAUGAUAAUAAAUUCUACCACAAAAUCCACUUCAACUAAACCUACUAUUAUGAGAACCACUGCAAGCACUUCUAUAGAACCUACCAGCACAAUGAACUCCACUAACACUUCAAAUGCAACUACAAUAUCACCAGCCACCACUUCAACUGAAGCCACGGCCACAACAAAUGCAGGAAUUUCCACAGAGGCUAUAAUCACAACAGCCACCACUACCACCUCUCCUAAACCCACAACCAAAACAUCAUCCACCACUACAGCAGAACAGUUUGCCACCACAACUAAAGGCAGUUACACUGAAGCAAGAACGACAAGAGCCAACAUGAUCACCUCAGCUGAAUCCACAACCAUAACAACAGACAGCACUACAACUGAACAGUCUGCCAUCACAACUACAGGCAUUUCCACUGAGGCUACAACCACAAUAACCACCACUACCACCUCUACUGAACCCACCACCAUCACAACAACCAGCACUACAACUGAACACUCUGACACCACAACUGUGGGCACCUCCACUGAGGCUGCUACCACAGCCACCACUGCUGACAUCUCUAAUGAACCCACCACCACAACAACAGCCAGCACUACAACUGAACAGUCUGCCACAAUUGCAGGUACCUCCACUGAGGCUAUGACCACAACCACCAUGACUACCACUUCUACUGAUCCUACCACAACAAUGGCCAGCACUACAACUGAACAGGCUACCAUCACAACUACAGGCACUUCCACUGAGGCUACAACUGCAACGACAACCACCACCACCUCUACUGAACCCACCACCACCACAGCAGGCAGCUCUACAACUGAGCAGUCUGGUAUCACAACUGCAGGUACCUCCACUGAGGCUACAACCACAAUCACCACUACUACCUCUACUGAACCUAUAGCCACAACAACAGCCAGCACUAAAACUGAACAGUCUGCCACCCACAACUGCAAGUACCUCCACUGA